AGCAUCCUCAGAUCUAGGUAGAGCGGCUUCAUUGGAUCCAUGGCGCCUCAGCGUCGGCCGGCUGGGAGGGCUCCGGAGAGUGGCGGUGCAGGUGCGGCGGUUCGAGCGGAAGAGCGUCGUCAGUGCAGCAGUGGCGUGAAAGAUAAUACUCAGAAAGAUGCACGACGAAAAUGGUUAACAGCAGCUUUCCUUCUCUCAUCUGCCAUGCUGGGUUAUCUUUUGAGUAGAAGCUACUUGUUCAGUGAAGAUGGAGUUACAGAAGUAUUGGCUCAUCAUGGUGAAAGCAUCCCAGACAAAUUCAUUGAAGUACCCUGCUCAGAGGAUUAUGACAGCCAUAAACGGUUUGAAGGCUGUACCCCUCGGAAGUGUGGAAGAGGAAUAACAGAUUCCAUAAUUAGCAGGGAAGAAGCUGAGCAAAUCCGUAGAAUAGCAGAGAGGGGACUGUCCCUGGGAGGAUCGGAUGGAGGGGCUUCAAUUCUAGAUUUGCACUCUGGAGCCCUUUCUUUGGGGAAGCAUUUUGUUAAUAUGUACAGAUACUUUAAUGAUAAAAUCCAUGACAUCUUCACAGAAAAGGAUUUUCAGUUAUACCGUGAUGUGCGGCUAAGAAUUCAACAAAAAAUAGCUCUUGCUUUUGGCAUCAGCUCAUCUUCCAUGUAUUUGACAAAACCAACUUUCUUCUCUAGAAUAAAUAACUCAGAAGCAAAGACAACCCAUGAUGAAUAUUGGCAUCCUCAUAUUGACAAGGUGACCUAUGGCUCCUUUGAUUACACAUCACUGCUCUACCUAUCAGACUAUGCAGAAGAUUUUGGUGGUGGACGGUUUGUCUUUAUGGACGAAGGUGCAAAUAGGACUGUAGAACCUCGAGCAGGACGGGUUUCGUUUUUCACAUCUGGCUCGGAAAAUCUCCAUCAUGUUGAGAAGGUCCACUGGGGCACUCGCUAUGCCAUCACCAUUUCCUUUACCUGCAAUCCUGACCAUGGUAUCAGGGAUCCUGUUUUAACAUGACAGAUGGUAGCCAAAUGGAUUGGCAAGAGAAACUCUGUAUGGGAGAGAAAAAGAAAACAACUUUUAAAUUACCAUAUAAAUUCCACUGCAUUUUAUCUAAAGUAAAUUGUGUGUGUGUGUGUAGUUUUUCUUUUAACUUUGCUUCCUUCUAAGUGUUGCAAAAACAGUGCCUUAAGGCCCCUAUUUCUAAGUUUCUUAUAACAUUGCUUUUAUAAGAUAGUAAUUAAAAUGGUUUGGAUUUUCCUUUCCAACUCUCUUGGGUACUGCACAGGCCUGGGAAACAGUAUUAUUCCAUCAUGCAAUCUCUUCAAAUAUUCCUUUUCAUCAGUUGUUUUCAAAAUUACAAUUUGUGAUUUCCCAUAAAAUAUGUUCAUGGACUCUGGAAUGUACUGCAAAGAAGGAGUUUCAUCGUGCCUUAUUCCAGAUCCCAUAGAGUUAUUUAUAUUUUGGAAAUAAAAACCUGGAACACUUGUGAGCCAACUGAUUUAUGGCUUUAAUCAUUUGCAAUUUUACACAGGUGUACCCUACUCUUUUACACAAGAGUAUCAGGUUUUUGUUUUAUAUCCUUAUUUCAAUAUGUUCUUCCUUGGAAGAAGCCAUGAGCUGUGAUGAUUGAAUUUUCUCUGUAGAAACCAGCUGUAUAUGAUCUCAGUCAUGAUUUCGUAUAAUCAGCUAAGAGGAGGCUUCUUAGAAUAAAAUAAAACUACUAAAUAAUGUGCUUAAUAGCAGUUCAAUUUCUCUGUUUGCCUGGGGAAACAGACUCAUUACCUUGUUUAAUCUUAUAAUCUUAGAUUAUAAAUAUUCAAGUGAUUUGAAAAUCCAUUAAAGUUUGUGUUGGAAUAAACUUGGUUUUCGCUGCCUCACUUAUUCAGUUGUUGAGUAAGUGUAAAAUAUCUUCAAAGUCCUUUAAGUAAAAUUGGCAGAACUUAAAAUGUAUUAGAAAUGGAAACAAUACGUUUGAUUCAUGCAAAUUCCACUGUGAUUAUUAGAAUCAAUAUUUCAGUGGCAUUCUUCUACCAAAGGAAAAUUUAAGAAGAACCUGCUUAGGCUGUAUAUUCUUCAAUUGUGGGAAAAGUUUUCCAAGCAAGUUAUAUAGCAAAGGUGCCAAACUUAAGGCCCGCAGGCCGGACUUGGCUCACAGGGUGCUUAUAUCUGGCCCAUGGGGCUGCCCCGGAAACAGCAAAGGACCAGUCCGCAGUGCUUCUGCUGGUGAAAACAGUUGCAAGAGGAUGUCACAGCCGGAAACGGAGCCCAUUUUCGCUGCAG